CUUCAUCCGUCCCUGUCCAGGCGUCAUCGGAGUCGCUGAAACAGCGUCCGGGACUGAAGGUCAUUUUGGAAUCGCCGCGUCAUCAACGCCUCCAGAGCCUCUGUCCUUAAAGUCCUGUGACACACGCCCGCGUCUGCCUUUCCAUCUGUUUCCCUUUCCCUUUUGUUUAUCCUACCCCCUCGCUGGCUCCCUCAAGUCGUUCAUUGCCACGUAAUUCCUGGGUCCCUCGUGAAUACCGAAAAAGCCCUAUCUGCGACCCUUACUUUACUUGCUGCGUAUACUCACAAUUAACUCCCUAAUAUCCACAACACUUCACCAACCCACCUACCAUGAAAUCCUCUACCUUGGCGCUCGCCGCCCAGUUAUUGUCGUCGGUAGCGGCUUUCAAUCUGGUCCAGCGAGAAAAUCCCAGAGUACUCAACCUCGACAUUCAGCGCCGUCAUGUCAUUAACCCCGUUGCUCGGGACCGAUUAAGACGACGGCAGAAGACCGUCCAGGAAACGCUCGACAACCUAGAGACCCUCUAUUUCGCGAAUGCGAGUUUAGGGACACCGGAGCAGAAGCUCCGUCUGCACAUUGAUACAGGGAGUAGCGACUUGUGGGCAAACGCGGCGAGCUCUCAGCUAUGCAGCUCGCGUGGGAGCCAGUGCGCCGAUUCCGGAACGUACGAUGCAAACUCCUCAUCGACCUACGAGUUCGUAAACAGCGCAUUCAAUAUUUCAUAUGUUGACGGAUCAGGAGCGGCAGGAGAUUACGCGAAGGAUACGUUACAUUUCGGUGGGCAAGAAAUCAAGGGCAUGCAAUUCGGUAUUGGAUACGUUUCCAGCUCGCCAGAGGGUAUUUUAGGUAUUGGAUACACCAUAAACGAAGUCCAGGUGAACCGCGCUGGACUGAAGGCGUACCCCAACCUCCCUCAACUCCUUGCGGAUAAUGGCAACAUCAACACGAACGCCUACUCCUUGUGGUUGAACGAUCUGGAUGCAUCUACUGGAAGCAUUCUGUUUGGUGGUGUCGAUACGGAAAAGUACACUGGACAGCUCAGCAAACUUCCAAUCAUCCGCGAGCAGGGUGUCUAUGCCGAAUUUAUUAUUGCAUUGACUUCCAUGGGUAUGAACGGCAAGGCGGGUUCUCUCUUCAACAACGACACAGUUCCCGUCUUGCUCGACUCCGGAUCCUCGCUCAUGUACCUCCCAGACAACCUAGUCCGCUCCCUGUAUUCCCAAUUCAGCGCCCAGUACGACUCGACACAGGGUGCAGCAUUCGUUGACUGCGGUUUGGCUGACCAGAACGGGUCAUUGGAUUUCAGUUUCUCGGGCGUUACUAUCUCAGUUCCCAUGAACGAGCUGGUCAUCGUCGCAGGAUACCAGCGAGGGAAGCCCGUCUGCAUCCUCGGCAUUGGUCCCGCAGGAGAUUCAACCUGCGUUCUGGGCGACACCUUCCUACGCUCCGCCUACGUAGUCUACGAUCUCGAGAACAACCAAAUUGCGCUCGCACAAACGAACUUCAACGCCACCAAAACCUCGAUCCAAGAAAUACAAUCCGGAUCAAAUGGCGUCCCAGACGCCUCUGGUGUCGCCAAUGCCGUAUCCUCGGUCGCCGUCGGCACCGGUGGUGCAAGGAACGGCGGUCCCCAAAUCAGCGCUACAGGUGCAGGUGCGCAGUCCACGGGCGCCGCUAUGCCAGUCGCUACUCCACACCCAUGGUUAGGCGCUGGAGCGGUGGUAGCGGGUGCGGGUCUGCUCAUGGGCUUUAAUGGCUUGUAAACACACCUAUGUGUUGAUAUGAUGUAUCAAGUAUCUAUUUGCUUUUUCCUCGUUUCUUUAGUCUACCUACGAUUCUUAUCUACCACUUCACGACCUUGGUCCUUGCCACGCAUUCGGCGGCGUUUUUCGGGUGGAGCCGUUUCAGGCUUUCUUUUUGGUUUUGGGGUUUAAAAGGGCCACAUGCAUGGCUUUGGGGGGGGUCUCUUGCCACUUUUUUCACACUCCGCGAGUAGAACUAAGAGUGUUUGACGCUGGGCAACGUAUAGACAUGGAGACCUUUGAUGGGGUGUAGUGGAUAAAUGAAUGGAAAUAUGCAUGAACUUGAUUAAUG